AAGACUACAUGACAUAAUAAGAGGAUGACAAGACUCCUGAAGAGGUUUCGUCGAGCGUUCCGCUCUUCUCCGGAACUACGCGCAGUAUCAAGAGCAACUCGAGCGUGGAGUAUUGGAUCCCAGCCCGUAGGGCAUUACGACGCAGCAGGGAGCAAUCAGAGCGCAAGAACUACUUCAACCAACCGCGACGGCACAAUUCACCUAUGGCCGCGGCUGGACGGACCAGUGGCUCUAGAUGCAUUCUCUCGGGCAUCCUCUCGCAAUGCAACGACGGUCGGCAGCGAAGUUGAAUGCCAGAACCAGCGGCCUCAGCUUCGAGCAUCCAUGACUUUCUACGAUCAUAUCAUCACCGGUUGGUGGUGGUGGGAACUCCUCAGCUGGCUCGUCGGCUUCUGUUGCACCGCGGCAAUCUUAGGAGCUCUGAUGUUCUACAAAGGGAAGAAGAAACCGCAAUAUAUCAUUUCUGGAAAAACCAUGAACGCACAUAUCGCAGUGUUUGCUGCUGUGUCCAAGGCGGUGCUGAUCCUGCCCGUGACAGGCUCUUGGUCAGUUGAACUGGGUUUGGUUCCAAAAGGAGAGCAGGCUCUGGGAUUUCCACCUUUACGAUAGCACAAGCCGUGGUCCAUGGGGUUCCUUCAUGCUUUUGCUCAGAACCAAGUCUAGGCAUCUUGCAUCGCUAGGUGCUGCUAUUACGGUCCCUGCUUUAGCUUACGAGCCUUUCUUUUAGUAGAUCGUUGUCUAUCCUGAGCGAGCAACACCCGUGGGAAAGGCAUUCAGCAGGGCUGCCACCUCCUUCAUUAUAGAGAG